ACCCCGAGCAUGAAUGGAGCUGUUUGAGGAUAUACGACAUUUUCAUCGGUUUGUAGGGAAUUAUGAAGCCCUCGACAUCUGAGCACAUGAAUUAAAGCGAUAAACCGUCUAUGACGGGCGUUACGGGACGACUACGCAAAGCCAUCGCGGCAUAUGCUGAUUUUUUUCUUUUGUUUACAUUUUCGUUAUGUUCUCUUACAGCUUUAUAUGAGGAUCAAAUCGGACUGCAUCUUCUAAAUGAAGUUACCCAGCCAUGCAAUGUUCCUGGAAGGCUGUGAUUCUGCUUGCACUGGUGUCCAUAGCGAUCCAAUACACAGCAAUCAGGACUUUCACAGCUAAGCCUUUUCAUAUGUGCCCUGUUCCUAACCCUUUGAACUGUGGCUUGGGACAGGAUGUGGAGUCCUUCGAUCGGAUGUGUGAUGAGUACCCAUAUUUUAAUUACAAUUCCUCCAGGAAGACUCACAUCAUCAUCUUGGCGACCACCCGCAGCGGCUCCUCUUUCGUUGGACAGUUGUUCAACCAGCACUCAGAUGUGUUCUAUCUCUUUGAACCGCUCUAUCAUGUCCAAACGACCUUAAUCCCUCACCUUUCUCCCAGCAGAUAUGCUGUUGAGCGCAGAGUGAUGCUGGGAGCCAGUCGUGACCUUCUUAGAAGCUUGUACAACUGCGACUUGUAUUUCUUAGAGAGUUACAUCAAGCCGCAGCCGGCAAACCAUACCACGGAUAAACUGUUUCGACGAGGAGCCAGCAAAGCCCUCUGCUCUAUGCCGGUCUGUGAUGCUUUCAGCCCCAGCGAUGGCAAUAUAGAAGAGGGGGAUUGUGUUCGAAAGUGUGCCUCCCUUAACUUGACCCUCGCUACCGAAUCAUGUCGGGAAAGACGGCACGUAGCCAUUAAAACAGUGCGUAUUCCAGAGGUCAAUGAUCUCAAGGCACUGAUCGAGGACCCUCGGCUUAAUCUGAAAGUUAUCCAGCUGGUGAGGGAUCCGCGUGGGAUUUUAUCUUCUAGGAUUGAAACCUUUCGGGACACAUACCGCCUAUGGCGGAUCUGGAGAGCCACAGGCCGUAAACCUUACAACUUGGAUUUGACUCAGCUCACGACAGUGUGCGACGACUUUCUGAACUCGGUGUCCACCGGCUUGAGCCGACCGCCGUGGCUUCGUGGACGUUACAUGCUGGUGAGAUACGAGGACCUGGCCAGGAAUCCACUCCAAAAAACCAAGGAGGUUUAUGAAUUCCUUGGUCUUUCUUUGGAAAAAAGUGUGGUGGACUGGAUACACAACAACACAAGAGGCAAUAACGACAUGUCAGCAAAGCAUAAGUACGGCACGUUGAGAGACUCAGCGGCCAAUGCAGAGAGCUGGAGGUUGAAAUUGUCUCAUGACAUAGUUGAUUACACACAAACUGUUUGUCAGCAAUUUUUAGACGAGCUCGGCUACAAAGCUGUCAACUCCCCCGAGGAGCUGAAAAACAUGUCACUCUCUCUCAUUGAGGACAAAACCUUCAUACCUUUUUUGUAACAAAGGUAAUCAUGUGCACGCACAACUAUUUUUCUACAUUUAUAUUCUUGCCUUAAUGUGAUUGACAUUUGCACUAUGAACUUUUUUUUACUUCGGAGACUCCCUCACAGUCACCCUAUGAUUUUCUGAACAGCACAAGAACCAAAACACUUAGCUGUAAAGAGAUCUCAACUUCACCUCGAUUCCAGCGAUUGCAUUGAGAUAGUAAUGUUCAUUAUUUAUAUAUUAGAGCAGAGCACCACACUAUUGACAAAGAAAUUCUGUAUGCUGGUCAUUGUUUUGACAACAGUGAAUGUGAAUAUUUUGUCAGUCAAAGAACCCAGACUAUUCUCAAGAAAUCUUUAAUGUGGGACUGAAAUGCUGUCAUGUAUAAUAACAGCCGUGCAAUAAAAUUGUGAAUGUCACAGUCAGACUAUUUCUCAGGUUGUUUCUCAGGGGCCGUUUACACAACAAUGUUUUCAGCCAAAAACGGGAAACUUUUUAUGCGUUUUGCCUGUUCGUGUACACAACAAUGGCAUUUUGGGGACUGAAAGAGUUCUGAGUUCAGAAAAACUUUUCAGUUUUUGACUACAUCAUUGUUGUGUAAACGUAGCCUCAGUGUAAAGUCUUGUCUGCCAUAGAGUUUUUGGGGUUUAAGCUUGUGUCUGGUUUGCUUUUAGAAUGCAUAAUACAUUGGUGCUGUAUCCGGGUAAAAAAAAAAAAAGCAAAUCUAAAGUAAACUCAUGCACUUCAUUCUGCUUGCUUUGGGUGGUUAUGAUUUACAAAUAAGUUGUAAAAUUCAAUCAGUUAUUGCUGUUACAUCACAAUCAUAUAAGUUUUUUGUCCAGUGUAUCAAGUUUUUAGAGUGGACAAUUUGGUAGUUUAAUGUGCAUUUUGAGAUUUUCAUAUGAAAUGCAUGAAAUUAUUCAUUCUUUAGUGGCUGUCCUCAUCAUCAUAUCACUAAUUUUCAUUGAUUCAGUGCAUAUAGAUUUGUAUUUAGUGUCCAUGAAACAUAGUUUGGCUCAAUGUAUGUGAAAGAGACGUUUGCUAUUUUCGAAAUCUUAAUAAA